CUCUCCUCUCCGCUCUUCUUCAACGCUCCCAUCAGGACCACGGGGAUGUGAAGCAUUGAUAAACACAAAGCUGGAGCUUUUAUUUUGUGGGGUUUGGAUAAAAGACAGUAACUCCAGACUAAGGGGCUGAUUUUAGUUCAGUGGGUGAGUGUGUUUUUGUUUUCUUUUUGUCAAGCAUUAAACACAACUCAGCAGCCCUCUCCUGUGUUGUCUUCCCCAUAUGUCGCGGAAGCAGGUCGACCAUGACUACAACCUCCGUAGUAUGAGCAACCUGAUGGGCGAGCGGCGGAAGAAAGUGAACGAUGGGGGAGAGCGGAGUCUCAUCAAGGCUCCGUCCAGCUCCAGCAUCAGCAGCCAAGGCGCCUCCGCUGGUGCCUCCUCCUCCUCCUCCGCCGCCGCCGCCGCCACCGGGGACCUGGAGAGGGCUGCGCGGAAGCAGUUCCAGCAAGAUGUCACCCCCGGCUUCGUGUACGUCCUGGCCGUGUUCUCCGCCCUGGGCGGCUUCCUGUUCGGCUAUGACACCGGGGUGAUCUCCGGGGCGAUGCUCCUGCUGAAGAGGGAGCUGGAGCUGAGCGCGCUGUGGCAGGAGGUGCUCAUAUCCAGUACUGUGGCCGCGGCCGCCCUGUCCGCCCUGCUGGGCGGCUUCCUCAACGGGCUCUUCGGGCGCAGAGUGUGCAUCCUGCUGGCCAGCUUCUUCUUCACCGUCGGGGGGAUCGUACUGAGCACCGCCCCCGGAAAAGAGGUGCUUUUGACGGGCAGACUCAUCGUUGGAGUCGGUCUCGGCGUCGCCUCCAUGACAGUGCCUGUGUACAUCGCUGAGGCCUCUCCUCCUCACCUCAGGGGUCAGCUGGUGACCGUCAACACCCUCUUCAUCACCGGAGGACAGUUCACCGCCAGCCUGGUCGACGGGGCCUUCAGCUACUUGAAGCGCGAUGGGUGGAGGUACAUGCUGGGUCUGUCGGUGCUUCCCGCUCUGCUCCAGUUCGUGGGAUUUCUGUUCCUGCCCGAGAGCCCUCGCUGGUUGAUCCAGCGUGGCCUGACCCAGAAGGCUCGCCGCGUGCUCAGCCAGAUCCGAGGCAACCAGAACAUUGACGAAGAGUACGACAGCAUCAAGAACAGCAUCGAGGAAGAGGAGAAGGACAGUGGAGGAGACGGCCCGGUGGUCUGGCGGAUGCUGACCUACCCCCCCACCCGGCGAGCCCUCCUGGUGGGCUGUGGUCUCCAGAUGUUCCAGCAGCUGUCAGGAAUCAACACAGUCAUGUACUACAGCGCCACCAUCCUGCAGAUGUCAGGCGUGCGUGACGACAGGUCGGCCAUCUGGCUGGCGGGGCUCACCACCCUCACCAACUUCCUGUUCACCCUGCUGGGCGUGUGGCUGGUGGAGAGGGUUGGCCGCCGGAGGCUGGCGCUGGGAAGCAUCCUAGGUACCAGUUUGAGCCUGAGCCUGCUGGCCUUCGGCUUCCUGAUGUCCGCCCAGCACAGCCCUCCUGUCACCUUUCAUCCAUUAGACCCCGGCAUGGCCAACUCCACCUGCUCCAAGUACCAGCUGUGCGAGCCGUGCAUGCUCGACCCCGGGUGUGGCUUCUGUUACCGUGAGAACCGCUCCGCGCUGGUGGCCUCCUCCUGCGUCCCGGUCAACAAGGCGUCCACGGAGCAGGCGGCGUGGGGCAGAUGCUCCAACUCCAGCCUGAUGAGAGAUCAGACCUACUGGGCCUACAACUACUGUCCCACCUCCUUCUCCUGGCUGGUUUUACUGGGCUUGGUGCUCUACUUGGCUGCUUUUGCUCCAGGGAUGGGUCCGAUGCCAUGGACCAUCAACUCAGAAAUCUACCCUCUGUGGGCGCGGAGCACCGGCAACGCCUGCGCCGCCGGGGUCAACUGGACCUUCAACAUUCUGGUGUCGCUCACCUUCCUCCACUUGGCUCAGUACUUCACCUACUACGGAGCUUUCUUCCUCUACUCCAGCCUGGCCUUGCUGGGGUUCGUCUUUAUCUACGGCUGCCUGCCGGAGACCAAAGCCCGGCGCCUGGAGGAGAUCGAGGCCUUGUUUGAAAACCAGCUUUGCUCCUGCGGCGCCACGGACUCGGACGAGGGCCGGCAGGUCGAGUACAUCCGCGUCAAAGGCUCGAACUAUCAUCUGUCGGACAACGACGCGUCAGAUGUGGAUUAGAGAGAGGUUUUAUUUUGGCGAUCGCUGACACAUGGAGGGUAGCUGGGUUAUGACUUUAGAAUAAAAGUUGUUUGAUUGCAUCAGUAAUGACAGUUAGUUCACUUUGAAAAAAAUCAGCUUCAGUAAAUCAAACCAUCUUCAGCUGGGACGAGGAAUACUAAAGUUUGUAUUCAGCCUAUUCUCUGAAAUGAGCAUGGACUGACAACGAACUAACAGGUUAAGCUUCAAUACAUAACGGUUCACUGUCUUUUCUAUGGCCGUGUAGACAAAACAACAUGAGUGUAGGGACAGCAUCUCAGCACCCAGGGUUUGUGCGUCCACUAAGCGUUUGUCGUGUGACAGCAGUUGUAUCUGUAGUACCAUUUUGCCUUUCUACACGUGGUUUGGGCUUGUAGCAUAGCGCGCACAUCGUUAGCUUGUCAUCGUAACGUCUUAGUUUCACGUUUUUACGAAAAAGCAACAACAGCCGCGUUGCUUUAGCUAACAUGUUGUCAGCGGGUGCCGGAAAACAGAACCACCGCUGCGGAAGAACUGAGGACUUCAUGUUCUGUUACUAUGGUUUAUAUAUUUAUUCACGCAUUUAAACGUGUCAGGUUUGCAGUUCGUUUCUGGUGUCUGACCUCCAAAUCCGUACAUGGUAAAAAAUGAUGUGGUAAACCUCAUAAUGUCACUAUGUCACGAGCUCUGCCAAAACCUACACAACUGUAAAAACCAGUGUUAUGAAUCUGUGCGAUGAAGCGUUACUGGGUUCUAUUGCUGGAUGAACUGGACCUCUAAAAGCCAGCGAAUACGGCCCAUGUGCUCCGUCUGUAGUGGUGAAGUCAAACACGGGUUCUAUAAACCAUUUUAUCCUAAUGAUAAUAUUAGUGCCUGUGUAUUGUGAAGGUGCCUGACGACCAAUUUCAGUCACGUUGCCAUGUGAACCUCUGUGCGUUCUAUCUUGUUAGGAUAUUAUCCAGUCUCCAUGGCCUUUUCUUCGUUUUUUUUACUCUCCAUCGAUCUAUUUUAGUUGCGUUCGUCUUCCUCUGUAGCCUUAUGUACAAAGUGCAGAGCGUAUUUACUGUGUGGUUGUUGUGCCCAGAGGUGGAGGAGUAGGCUUUAGCGUGACUUGCCAGUGUUGUUUUGUAAAGCUGUUAAACUGUGUGAGGUCGCACCUUGUUAGUCAAAUACACAGGUUUGUGUGUAGCAACAAUUGGGAAGUAGAACAUAUGACGAAUUGUGUAAUAUAACGGGUAAAUAGGGGAACAACAGGCUGUUUCUGUUACUAUGUUAGAUAAACAUGCAUGGCAUUAUUAUUUUGAGCCUGUGGGUCCUGAUCAUAACGUUUAAUGUUAAUAAGCUCUUUUUAAUAGGACUUUCAAAUACCGUCCUAAACUGUUUACCAAAUGCCAUGGCCAAAUGUAAUGAGCCUUCAAAGUAUCCUUUAUUUUCAGGGCAUCACACUGACUCAUGCCCAAAGAAACCAAUCACAAAUGAGCACAUCUGUCAGGUAAUGAUAAACAUGCUGUAACAAUACUGUUUUCUGGUUCCCCAGUAGUUUUGUACAUAAAGUAUUUAAUUAAACAAAACACAAAAUGCACUCCAUAGCUCAGAUUAUGUCAUGAAGAAGAUGCUGGGGGUUCAGCCCAUAACACACAAAUAUGUACAACACUGUCCUUUGGUGAAAUGGUUGCAAUUUUUCCUAUGUGAACCAACUCAGUGUUUCUACAGUAUACAAUGACCUGCAAACCACUACUACCACCAGUGCUGUAUAGUAUAUUUGAUUGUCCGGAGCUGUAAAUGUUUUGCCAGAGUUUAUAUUCUGUAAAAUAAGUAUCUCAAACUCUCAACACUUGAAUAUGUAUAUGGGAAAGACAUAAACGCCAGAAUUUAUUUCAUGUGUGUCUCUGUGUUAACAUUAAGAAUUAACACUAUGAAUAUGUAUUGUUUGGUUGCCUAAAACAAACAGUUUAAUAACAAUUUGAAUAAAAAAGGACAGAAUGGG